AUGGUGGAAAGGUACUCUGCGCCUGAGCCUGGACGAUCAGCCACCAAGCCUUUGUCUAUCGAAAAGGGACGAGGAACGCCAUUGAAGGAUAUUCCAAAUGUGGCUUUCAAGUUGUCCAAGAGAAAAACUGAUGACAAUCUGCAGAUGCUUCACAUGAUUCUGUUUGGAAAGAAAGGAAAGGCACACAAUCUAAAGAAGAACAUAGGCCUGUUCUCAGGCUAUGUGUGGGUUGAGAAUGAGGAAAAACAGAAAGCUAAAGUAAGGGAAAAGCUUGAUAAGUGUGUCAAAGAAAAGUUGAUGGAUUUUUGUGAUGUGCUCAAUAUCCCUAUAAAUAGGUCUGUUGUGAAAAAGGAGGAACUCACAGUAAAAAUAUUGGAAUUCUUGGAAUACCCACAUGCAACUACUGAUGUUCUGCUUGCAGACAAGGAGCAGAAAGGUAAGAAGCGCAAGGUCUCAACUGGCAAAAAUGUGAGUCCUGGAGAAACAUCAACUACAUCAGCCAAGAAACGAAAACAAACACCUCAAAGUGGACAAAAACGAAAGCAUUCAUCCAAAGAUGAGGAAGAUGAUGAUGAUGAAGAUAAAGUUGAAUCACCAGAUGCUAAGGAUGAUUCAGAAGCGGAUGAUGAAAACGAGGCAGCAACAAAAGAAGAGAGUGAUCAUGAGGAGAUUAAAUCAGAAGAAGAAGAAGAUGAGCCAAAGGAGCAGACACCACCUAAGAAAUCAAAAAAAUCUGUAAAGCAGAGUUCGGUGGUUAAAAGUGCAGAGAAAGCUACCCCUGGCAAGAAGAGCACACCUGCAAAACCUGUUAAAAGUCCAGCAAAAUCUACCAAAAAGGCUUCUGGCUUAUCAUCAAGAAAAAGUGCUAAAGAUAGCGAUGGAAAUUCCGCUUCAGUUUCUAAAUCGAAGGGAUCUGCAUCUAAGAAACAAAAGGUUGAAAAGGAGAACCUUAAGGACCGAAGUGCUUCCUCCAAAGACAAGGUUGCUGGCAAGAAGCAGUCAACGAAGUCCCCAUCAAAGACUACUGCAAAAGAUCAAGGUGUGAUAUAUGUUGAACAAAACAAGGCCACAAUGGAUACUGGUCCUUGGGCAAGUAAAGUCAAGUUUAACAAAAAAGCUAAGGCAGAACCCACCAGACAAGAGAUGCAUGCAGUUGUAGUAAAUAUUCUGAAGGAGGUGGAUUUCAAUACUGCAACACUAUCUGACAUCCUCAGACAGCUUGGUACCCACUUUGGCAUAGAUCUGAUGCAUAGAAAAGCAGAAGUGAAGGAUAUUAUUACUGAUGUAAUUAAUAGCAUGUCUGAUGACGAAGAAGAAGGUGAAGGGGAUGAAGCUGAGGAUAAUACUGAGGCUGGUGAUGAUGCAGAUAAAGAUGGAGAUGAGGAUGAUGAUUAG